CAUGACCGCUGCUCAGCAAUGCGGGUGACUGCAACUCUCCCUCUUCUCAGUGCACUAAUAUGUUGUUCCUUGACAGAAAAGCUACCAAAUGUUUCGUCUCCGAACAUUAUCAUCAUGCUCAUGGAUGACAUGGGCUGGGGGGACCUGGGGGUGUUUGGCCAGCCCUCUAAAGAGACCCCCAACCUGGAUGCCAUGGCAGCUCAGGGGAUGCUUCUUCCAAACUUCUACACCGCCAACCCUCUCUGUUCCCCAUCCAGAGCUGCACUUCUCACUGGGAGGCUGCCUGUCAGGAAUGGCUUCUACACCACUAGUGCCCACGCCAGAAACGCGUACACGCCCCAGGAGAUAGUUGGAGGAAUCUCCAAGGAUGAGAUUUUGUUACCCAAGAUGCUGAAGGAAAAGGGUUAUGUCAGCAAAAUAGUUGGAAAAUGGCAUCUGGGCCACAGACCAAAAUACCUUCCUCUGAAGAACGGUUUUGAUGAAUGGUUUGGUGCACCAAACUGCCACUUUGGCCCCUAUAACAGCAGCAUCAGACCCAACAUCCCUGUCUACAACAACUCUGAGAUGCUUGGCAGAUACUAUGAGGAAUUUAAGAUUAACAGAAAGACCGGAGAGUCAAACCUCACACAGAUCUACUUGAUGGAAGGUCUUGACUUCAUACUUCGUCAGACGAAGGCCUUGCGGCCCUUCUUCCUCUACUGGGCUCCAGAUGCCACUCACGCUCCUGUCUAUGCCUCCAAACGCUUCUUAGGGAAGAGCCAGCGAGGCCGUUACGGGGAUGCAGUGAUGGAGCUGGACUACAGCGUCGGUCAGAUCUUGUCAUGGUUGCGGAGUCUGGGCAUUGAGAAUAAUACCUUUGUCUUCUUCACCUCGGACAACGGAGCUGCUCUUAUGUCUGGUCCAAAGGAAGGUGGCAGCAAUGGGCCAUUCCUCUGUGGGAAGGAGACCACUUUUGAGGGGGGCAUGAGGGAGCCUGCCAUCGCCUGGUGGCCAGGACACAUCAAAGAAGGCACAGUGAAUUUCCAACUGGCCAAUGUCAUGGACCUAUUCACCACCAGUCUGGCUCUGGCUGGCAUCAGCCCUCCUGUUGAUCGAACCCUGGACGGAUUGGACUUGACACCAGUGUUACUCAAUGGCUCCUAUGAGCUCCAAAACAGGCCAAUAUUCUAUUACCGAGGCAAUGAGCUGAUGGCUGUGAGGCUUGGACAGUACAAGGCCCACUACUGGACCUGGAGCAACUCAUGGGAGGAGUUACAAAAUGGUAUAGACUUUUGUCCAGGUCAAGAGGUACCUGGUGUGACCACCCAUGAACAGAAGGAGCACACACAGCAGCCAAUCAUUUUCCACCUGGGGCGGGAUCCUGGAGAAAAGUUCCCAAUCAGUGUUUUGACUAAGGAGUACCAGCAUGUUCUGAGCAUGAUCUCUCCAGUCGUGGAGCAGCAUAAGAAGACUCUGGUGCCGGGUAUGCCCCAGCUCAAUAUGUGUGACCUGGCAGUGAUGAACUGGGCCCCGGCAGGCUGUGAGAAGUUAGGCAAGUGUCUGAAAGGACCCAAGUCUGCACCCUGGAAGUGUGAUUGGCCACACUGAGAGCCAAAGCACUGAGCCAGACGACCCAAGAUGAGGAAGCAAAACCUGAAGUUGUGCCUUACGAGAACUACAAAUAACCUUGUUAUUUAUACAGAUGGAUUUUAAACAUUUUUGUUAAAUUCUUUACACACAAUGUUUAGACAAUGACUCAGGAUCAAACCAAGGGAAUGAUGUUGGUAUAACAACAUUAAGCAGCUGUGAGUUUUAAUAUGUCAGUACAAGUUCUACCUGCUAUUAAACAAUCCUAUGUCAAGAAUCAGUGUUGAGUCAAGGCUCAUUUUAUGGGUGUAGAGCAGAAAGGGAAAUGAAUGUAUUCUAAAUGGGCCUGAAAUUAAUUAUGCAAAGUUGCAUUAUGGGAUUCAUGGUGUAUAUUUUAGACCUAAUGAUGCAAUUGCACUGCAAAAAAUAUGAUUAAAAAAAUAAAUAAAAUAGACUUUUGUAAUGUUGUAAGAUGUCUUUGGUCAGUGUUGUAAGUAAAGCUCAUAAUAUGACAGCAGAA